AUGCCCCCUAUAUGGGUGGUAUUGCCAUUAUGUCUGGCCCUAUGUACACCUCUACAAGGCGAAGUGUACACAGCGCUCUCCGAACUCGAAGAGUUGUUAGACACCGAAUCUGUUCUUUUACAAACUCUGCACCAAUACAUUUCCGACCAAGAACAUAGAAUAGCAGUAUUAAAAAAACAUGCCGUGGAUUACGAAAAAGAACAUUCAAUCGCAGCAAGAGACGUUACUAAUUAUCUAUCAAAUCCGAUCAAUGAUUAUUUAUUGGUCAAACGAUUAACCAGUGACUGGCAUAAAACAGAAAAAUUGAUGCAAGAUCCAUACUAUGAAACUGCUAUGAAAAAUCUGACACAAUAUCGUGAACUCCUCAAAUUCCCUACGGAUGAAGAUUUAACCGGUGCGGCAACUGCACUUAUUAGAUUACAAGACACGUAUAAACUCGACACGGCAUCAGUUGCCAGAGGAGAGUUGAACGGCAUUCAAUACAGUACUCAAUUAUCGGCUGGUGACUGUUUUGAACUCGGCCGCCAGUCGUACAAUGGCUAUGAUUUUUAUCACACGGAAUUGUGGAUGAACGAAGCCUUAAACAGACACGAACAAGAGAGAUCAAAUGUGACAGUUCGUUGGGAAAUCUUGGAGUAUCUUGCAUAUUCCACUUUUAUGCAAGGAAAUUUAAAAAAAGCAUUAGAUUUAACUAUUGAACUGUUAUCAAUACUUCCAAAUCACGAACGUGCCCUGGGAAAUCUAGCAUAUUACGAAGCUGCGAUAAAAAAUGGAACGACUGAAAUCGGUAAAAGUGAACAACCUCCAAAAUCAGUUCCUGCAAUGUUAGAUCCCGAAGAACGAGAGCGAUAUCACAUGCUGUGUAGAAAUGAAAAUUUAAUGUCAAUCCAAAUUAGUUCUCAACUUCGAUGCCGCUACACAAACAACAAUAGAAAUCCUCUUUUAUUAAUCGCUCCACUCAAAGAAGAAGAAGCUUUUUUCAGUCCUCGAAUAAUUCUUUAUCGUGAUGUUCUAUAUGACAACGAAAUAGAAGUUAUCAAGCGCAUGGCUCAGCCUCGACUUAAGAGGGCUACUGUUCAAAAUUAUAAAACUGGUGAAUUGGAAUUUGCUGAUUACCGAAUAAGCAAGUCGGCUUGGUUAAAAGAACACGAAGAUGUUGUGGUAGCAAAUGUUGCCAAAAGAGUUGAAGUGAUGACAGGUCUUACAACGGAAACAGCCGAGGAACUUCAAGUUGUUAACUAUGGAGUGGGCGGACAUUAUGAUCCACAUUAUGAUUUUGCUAGAACAGAAGAAAUCAAUGCAUUCAAGUCAUUAGGGACCGGAAAUAGAAUUGCCACUGUUUUAUUUUAUAUGAGUGAUGUAGCUCAAGGAGGUGCUACUGUAUUUCCUUGGUUAGGCGUAGCACUACAACCAGUAAAAGGAACAGCUGCUGUAUGGUUUAAUUUAUAUCCAAGCGGAAAUGGAGAUCUUAGAACUAGACAUGCUGCUUGUCCUGUACUCCAAGGCUCAAAAUGGGUGUGUAAUAAAUGGUUACAUGAAGCGGGACAAGAGUUUAGAAGACCAUGUGAUCCCAAAGAGAAUAUACAAGAAACGACUAGCAGAUAA